AUGCCCAAAAAGGUCCUCUGUGGCUACGGGAUCGACGUCGACGCCGUGUCCAACUGGCUGAACACCAAAGACGGCACUCCAGUCGACGUGACCAACGUGAGCCGUGGGGUAUUCGGAGCAACGGUCGGCAUCGACCGACUACUCAAACUCCUGGACAAGCACAACAUCAAGGCCACCUGGUUCACACCAGCCCAUUCUCUCGAGUCGUUCCCUAAGCAGAUGGCCAAGGUCCGGGAUGCCGGCCACGAAAUCGGGCUGCACGGGUACACCCACGAAUACAUGUCCCUCCUCUCUACGCAGCAGGAGCGGGAUGUGCUGCAGAAAUCGAUCGAUGUGCUCACAGCGUUUACGGGUAAGAAGCCGAAGGGCUUCACUGCGCCUGCGUGGACUCCAAGCCGGGCAACGAUCGAGCUGCUCGAAGAGGCUGCCAUCGAGUACGAUCAUUCUUUCAUGCACCACGACAGCCAGAUGUACUACGCUCCGUAUACUGCUGAAACAAACGUCGAGACGAACUACCAGUCCGCGGAGGCUUCCGAAUGGAUGAAGCCAAUGAGUGCACUCAAGCCGUCGAAAAUUGUCGAGAUCCCAGCCAAUUGGCACGUCGAUGACUGGCCCCCAUUCCAGGCCAAAGCUGCAAUCGGAGCGGGCUUCAUUGACCCGCAUCACAUCGAGCGCUUCUGGAAGGAACAGUUCGAGUACUGUUACGCAGAGUACGAAGAGGGCUUUGUCUUUCCGAUCUCGAUCCAUCCCCAAGUCAGUGGCAAGCCACAAGUCUUGAUGAUGCACGACCGACUCAUCGAGUUCAUCAACAGCCAUGCAGGGGUGGAAUGGGUUACGUUUGAGGAGAUGUCAGACCGAUUCAAGAAUGGUCAGUUCCAUGGAGUUACAGUCGAAGGCGGCGUAGAGUAG